AUGAUCUUUCAAGAUGAGCUAUUCAAUAGUCUACGAUACCAAGCAAAAAAAUUGAAUGUGAUUGGUGAGGCCAAGACAUAUGGAGUGACAGCUCAUGGUAAAGAAACACCUUUUUACCAAGUAACAUUGGAGGGUGAUGAAGUACAUGCUACAUGUACAUGCCAUAUGUGGGAGUUUAUGGGAAUUCUUUGUAAGCAUAUCUUGUGUGUUUUUGGCAAGAAGGUGAAGUUAAAUGGAUUGCUACAACAUUAUGUUCUGAACAGAUGGACUAUUAAUGCUAAGAAUCGAAUCAUUCUUGACAUACCAUGUUUUGAUGACCAAUUGAGCCAACGACAAGAUGAUCCUACGAUGAGAAAAAACAAGUCAAUGUUACAACUUUAUGACAUUGUCGAACUUACAUCACAGUCAGCAGAAAAACACAAGCACUUCACACUUGCAUUGGAGAAGGUUCACAAAGAGUUGCUUGCAAUGGAAGAGCAUGUUGAAUAUUCACAAGCGGUGCCCACCAAUGAUGAUCAAAUUGGAAGAAGUCAAGUUAUAUCGAACUUUUCACAAACGGUGCAAGAUCCUCCACGUCUUUUCCUUUCUACAUUGGAGCACUUAAUUAUGUAG